AUGGACCUCGAAGAAGACGAGGUGCUGCACUCUGUGUACGGCCGCAAGGUAAUCAACAUCGCCGACGUACGCGUCCGGAAGUUUGGGGAGAAUCUGCGCCCCUGCGAGCCGGAGACGCUCCAGUUCAUUGCGGAAAACACGACGAUUCCCGUGCCCAAGGUCCAGGACACCGACUGGCAGGACGGCAGGCUGCGGUGCAUCGUCAUGGACUACAUGCCCGGCAAGCGGCUCGACAAGAUCUGGGGCGACCUGACGUCCGAGCAGAAGCUCUCCAUCGCGCACGAGCUCCACGGCUACGUCAACCAGUUGCGCAGCCUCCGGGGCGACUACAUCGGGGCCCUCAACAGGGGCAAGGCGCUCUUCGGUAAGAGGUCGCCCAUCGAGUGUGGCCCGUUUGACAGCGAGCGCGAGUGGAACCGGUUCAUUCUCGAGGACAUUGUCUCGGCGGCGCCCAGGAUGAUGCGGCACCUUGCGCGGUAUUGCCUCUCGCGGAACCACCAGGUUGUCUUUACGCACGGCGACCUGGCGCCCCGCAACAUUCUUAUUGAUGAGAAGACGUUCAAGGUGACGGCCAUCUUGGACUGGGAGGAGUCUGGCUGGUACCCCGAGCAUUGGGAGUACAUCAAGGCGUAUCAGCACUUGCAGCCGAUGAUGGAUUGGCCGGAUUACCUGGCGCAUAUUUUGCCGCUCAAGUACGAGAAGGAGUAUAUCGGCAUGUGCUUUCUGUAUCCCCUUCUCUAUCACUGA